AUGAAUCAUUGCGCUGCCUCAACCGCGCUGUGAACAUGGCGGACAGUGCUAGCGAAAGUGACACUGAUGGAGCGGGCAGCACUGCUGCCACCCCGCAAUGUCCCUCGUCCUCAUCUUCCAACAAACCUGGCGUUGUGAUAUCUCCAUUUCGUCUGGAAGAAUUAACAAAUCGGCUUGCUUCGCUGCAGCAAGAAAACAAAGUCCUCAAAAUAGAGCUGGAAACGUUCAAACUCAAAUGCAAAGCCCUCCAGGAGGAGAACCAAGACCUGCGGAAGGCUAGCGUCACUAUUCAAGCGCGUGCUGAACAGGAGGAGGAGUUCAUCAGCAACACACUCUUCAAGAAGAUCCAGGCCCUCCAGAAGGAGAAGGAGACGCUCGCGGUCAACUAUGAGAAGGAGGAGGAGUUCCUCACCAACGAGCUGUCCAGGAAACUCAUGCAACUCCAGCAUGAGAAGGCGGAGCUGGAGCAGCACCUGGAGCAGGAGCAGGAGUUCCAGGUGAACAAGCUCAUGAAGAAGAUCAAGAAGCUGGAGAACGACACCAUCACCAAGCAGCUCACACUGGAACAGUUACGACGAGAGAAGAUCGACCUGGAGAACACGUUGGAGCAAGAACAAGAAGCCCUGGUCAACCGCUUAUGGAAGAGGAUGGAUAGGCUGGAGGCAGAGAAGAGAAUCCUCCAGGAGAAGCUGGACCAGCCGGUGUCUGCUCCGCCGUCGCCGCGGGACAUCUCCAUGGAGAUCGACUCGCCGGAGAACAUGAUGCGGCACAUCCGCUUCCUGAAGAUCGAGGUGGAGCGGCUCAAGAAGAACCUGCGCACCACCGAACUGCAACACACGGAGAAGCGGGCGCAGUACGUCGAGGAGGAGCGGCACAUGCGAGAGGAGAACAUCCGUCUCCAGCGGAAGCUGCAGCGCGAGGUGGAGCGCAGGGAGGCGCUGUGUAGGCAGCUAUCGGAGAGCGAGAGCAGCCUGGAGAUGGACGACGAGAGGUACUUUAACGAGAUGUCCGCUCAGGGACUACGGCCUCGGACCGUCUCCAGCCCCAUCCCCUACACACCCUCACCCAGCUCCAGCCGACCCAUAUCACCAGGGCUGUCAUAUGCCAGUCACACUGUGGGCUUCACUCCUCCGACGACCCUCACCCGAGCGGGCAUGUCCUACUACAACACUCCCGGCCUUCACAUGCACGUGGGCACAACGCAUGGCAUUACAAGACCCUCCCCGAGAAGAAGCAACAGUCCGGACAAGUUCAAGCGGCCCACGCCACCCCCCUCCCCCAACACGCCGGCCAGCCUAUCACAGGCCCCGCCUCCACUGGCUCCUCCCAGCCAGCCCUUCGCCAGCCAAUCAGGGGCCUCGCACCAACCUCUGCACCAAUCCCAGCAGCAGCAGCCGCCACGGGACGCAUGAAUCAUCAUCAUCAUCAUCAUCAUCAUCGCCGCAGCUCCACCCCUCCGUUUCACACACAUCCAAACACACACACACACACACACACAUAUACGUGCAAACACACUCCUACACACACUCACGCGUGCAAACACACUUGCGAACACAUACUGUACCAAUCAACUUUGCGCUGUGCAUAAGCCGAAGGCUUUACGACCCCACGCUCCUUAAACACUCUUACACUACCCAAAUAAACAUUAAAGUUGUCGACUUGCACUGAGAUCCUACGGACUUAACUGUGUUAUCAGUUCCGCGAAAGAGGAAAACCAAAAAAAAAAAGGGGGUAAAAAAAAGGAAACAUUUUCAUCUUUCGAAUGCAGAUGCUUGGUUAUCGCCUUGACAACACUUCAGACGUCCACACGGUGGCCCCUCCUCAGUGCUUACAAGCCCCGCCUCCUCUUUGUCCCGCACUCUUGAGACGUUUGUAUGUAAAGGGGAACGCUUUGCUUGUCUUUCACACCUGGUCUGAAGGCAUUAGUGCCUUUUAAUUUCAAAGAAAGAGAGGGGGAAAUAAAGGGAUUUUUUUUUUUUUCUGACUAGUUCUUUUAUAGCAUUAAAGAUUGUCUCGAUACAAUAGACGAUGGACGCCAUCAGCUCUCAGUUUGUGCCUGUAUAACCGGACAGUAUACCCUCCAAUAUAAAGCUGCUAGAGAUAUCACAAAACAGAGAAAUGGUACUUUUUUUGUUGUUGUUUUUUUUUAGACACGUAGUAUAACAAAUAAGAUUGAACAUUUUGCCCCUGGCUUUUUCCUCAACUCGCUUGUGUGCGUAGGCAGUUGAAAACGAAUGCUGAUUGACGUUGACCUGAAAGAACCACUCCCAAGUGGUUGUGUGAGUGAUAGCUGUUGACCGCUAAAGAUGUUUUGAAGGCCUUUAGAAGUGUGUGUGUGCGUGUGUGCGUAUGUGUGGUAAAUAGUCGAAGGUUGUUGUUUUUAUGUCUCGUCACUCGGUUUCAGUGGGUUCCUGUUCAGCCAGUGAGUUUAGAGAGAGGUGCCGAACGAAGACUAUCAGUGCCUGUAGGGUCGAUCUUGGAGCAAUAUGGAGAAUUUGGGCCUCUCUAUGAAACAAGUCCUCACGGUUUAUGGUGACCCGCAUGUUGGGGCCCCAGUAAUACUCUUCACAAUUGAGAUUUUUCCUGUGGAUCGGACUGAGAUUGGACAUUUUUUCCUCUUCCUGUUGUUAUUCCAUGUGCAGCCGCCGCCACCAAUCAGUGAUCAGUUUGCCAUGACCACAUAUUUCUUUUUUUCGAUCCAACAGAGAUGUACCAGUAUCGUGUAAAGAUUGUCACUCCUCAAAGAAACUUUUUUUUUUCUUCUCCCCCCCUCUCUCUGCCCUGUACUCUAGUGAUGUCAUACAUGGGAAGUGUGUUUGUUUGUUUGUUUGUUUGUUUGUUUGGAAUCCCUUCCUACUGAACAGCACUUUCUUGACACAAAGACUUCAGAUUCAGCUUUUUUUGUGUGUGUGCAGAUUUGCAGAAUGAGUAUCAGCAUCAUAAUCGCAGUAGGGAUCUAUUCCUUUAAGGCCCAAGAGCAUCGUUGCUCUUCUUGCAAGACUGUGCGAAGGAUUGUCAGGUUCUCUAGGAGUUGCGUCUGAAACUGGUACCACUGUGAUAUCUUUUCAAACAGAAUGUGUUGAUGGCGACAACCAUGCGAGACGAGAACCGAUCAAGAUUACUCAUGAGUGUAAAUAAGAUGUAUUUUCUGUUUUUGUUUUUUUUCUUGUUAGCUUUUUGAAAGAGGAAAAACAAAACGUGUUCCCGCCCAUUGCACACGCACGUAUGUGCGUUUGUGAUCUAGUCUUACUCCUUUGUCAUUGACGAUGCGAUUGCCGUGACCGUGGUAGACUUUUGAUCUCUCCUUGCCCUCCCAGUUCCCAGUUCCCAGUUCCCAGAUCCCGGGGCACUUUAUAUUGGACCUGCUUAGACGGAAAACUAGAACAACACAGAGCACUUAGCUGAUCAUUUGCUGUCUCACACUUUAAUUAUAGUGUCAAUUCACUCUAUGGUGAAGCCAAGAAUAACCCUAAAACAAAGUUUUAUCAAAUGAAUAAAGUACAAAUCAAAGCCUGGCCAAGUUGGAAGUGAUUUGCGUCGUGACCGCAAUGCAGCUGACACUUUGAUAGAAAGUUUUCUGCAGAUUAUCUUUCUUGUCUUUGUCUGUGCUUUUUUAUUUGUUUUCCUUGUUGUACUCUAGUAACACUGUUGCCUACCUACACACACGCUUUCAUUAUGGUAUGGAAACAGCACACACCUUCAUCACUGUUGCCGUGACCGCAGGUGAUGUAACAGGUGUGUGUCUUUGGGAAAUAGUGUGGGUGACUAUUGUUGAUUGUUUUUUGUUUUGUUUUGUUUCUAUUUUUUGUUUAUCAAUUCAAACGGCACGAGGAUACUCUGGAACCAGGUUUUUUGAUGGUUUUGUUUAAUUGUUUUCCCUGUAUAGGGAUGUUACUUUCAAAAUGAUAUCUUGUAAACCUUUUUUUAUACGUUUGUCUUGUAAAUAUGCUCAAUUUGAUUGUUUAAAAAUAUGUUUUACAAGGAAGUGUUCAUCUACACAUUUCAUCAUUUUACCAGAACUCACCAUCAGGUUUUGCUCUUCUGUUUCUGUCUAUCUUCUCGCUCUCUCUAUCCCUCUCUUUCUCUUUCUCUCUCUCCAUCCCUCUCUUUCUCUUUCUGGCAGCAAGCAUUUUAAUUUCAAGACUGUUGACAAAUGAAUGUAAAGUUUUGCUCAUGUAUAGCUUGCAUUAGUGAUUGAAACACCUAUGAGCCUUAUGUCACUGUGGUAAUGAAGGGGGACGGGGGUGUAAGCAUAAUCUAUCUUAUACCCACAUCAAAACCGUUUUUAAAAAAAGCCUUAACAUGUGGUCCACUUUUGAGUCUUGUGUCCUCACAUUGCUUUAUUGGCUUUUUUGUUUGUCAAGCAGGGGUGUGCUUCUAGAUCUUUGUAGAUCUUCACAUUCUGACCACCCACCACCUGUCCUCCAUUUUGAGAGAGGCUGUAUUUGCUGACAGAGUGAUUCUCCAGGCUUCUCCAUCUUAACCGACAGGGGCAGCUGUGCCUAUUGAAAGCAGGUUCAGGUGAUCAUUAAUAAAGAGAUUGUGGG